UCACAAUUCACAUCUCCUUCAUUCUCUCAUCCUGAUGAAGCUGGAUUGAAAUUCGAUUUUCUUCGGAGUUUUGUUUUAGAUUUUCGUAGAGAGUGUUCAAUGGCAGUGGAAUUGCUCGGAUACACGAACCUCAACGAGCAGAUGGCGAUUCAGGAAGCGGCAUCGGCAGGUUUGAAGUCUAUGGAGCAUUUGAUUCGAACAGUUUCUCACCAGCAGAAUCAGAUGCAUCACCAGCAGCUUGACUGCCGAGAAAUCACCGAUUUCACCGUUUCAAAGUUUAAGAAGGUAAUCACGAUUCUCAACCGGACCGGCCACGCCAGGUUCCGCCGCGCGCCGAUUCAGCCGCAGCCUCAGAUUCAGCCGUCGCCGCCGGCUCCUGUCCAGCGUCAGUACCUGCCUUCUCCACCGGCUCAACCUCUGAGCCUGUUCUCCCUGUCUCCGGCGCCGCCCGCGCCUCCACCGCCAGCGGCGUCUCAGCCGUUGACGCUUGAUUUCACGAAGCCUAGCGCUCCUUCGGCGAAGGAAGGCGGUGAAGUGACCGGAAAGGACGUGCUCAGUCUCUCAGCGGCAGUGUCGACCUCGGGAAACUCGUCGUCUACGUUUUUGUCUUCGAUUACCGGCGAAGGCAGCGUCUCAAACGGAAAAGGUAUGUUUCUGACGCCGGCUGCUCCACCGAUCUCCGCCUCCAAACCACCGCUCUCCGGAAAGAGAUGCCGUGAGCAUAACCACUCCGAUAACAUUUCCGGCAAAACAUCUGGUUCUAGCCGAUGCCACUGCAAAAAGAGGAAAUCCAAGGUGAAACGAGUAAUUAGAGUUCCUGCAGUUAGCUCAAAAGUUGCAGACAUCCCUUCGGAUGAGUACUCAUGGAGAAAGUACGGGCAGAAGCCGAUCAAGGGCUCUCCAUACCCAAGGGGUUACUACAAAUGCAGUACAGUGAGGGGAUGCCCGGCGAGAAAGCAUGUGGAGAGGGCAACCGAUGAUCCAUCGAUGCUGGUGGUGACGUACGAGGGGGAGCACCGGCACACGCAAGGCGCGAUGCAGGAGAUCUCCGCCGCUGGUGCGCCUGCGCAGUUGGUGGUGUUUGAGUCGCAGUGAAAAAAAAGCUGAAAAAGAGGGACUCUUUUUGUAAUUUCGAGAGAGUUGGGGGGCUGAUGAGAAAAAAGAGAGUAGUUUGUUGUAAAUUUGGUAGUAGGAGUAGUGGCGGUAGAGGACAGAAUCAGCAAAAGGAAAAAAAAUGUUUAAUUUUGGUUGAAAUGGAUUAAAUUUUUUAUUGGAUUUGAUUUUGGUUA